AUGGAGGCGCUAGAAACUAGUAUUAAUUACUGGGAGGACGCACUGGCCGCGUUUUCGAUAGGUGCGCGCGGCGGAGUGACGGGCACUCUAGCACUCACCUCGCCAGAAGAAGCAGAGUUCUGUCGUGAAAUACAGGAUCUACUACAAAAUGCUUAUUUAUUACAGGAGCGAUGCGAGUUGCUGUUCCUCGACCAGCGGUCUGUGCUGUUCCGCUCGGAGAGCGGCGGCGCGGGUGAGGGCUCGGUGGGGCGGCGCACGAGGCUCUUGUCCUCGCACACCGCCUCGGAACACACGCGGAAAGAACACCACUCUAGUGCAGAGUCCUUCGCCUCCGCUGAAGACGAGGUAGCAGAUUUAAGAGAGUUUGAUGAUUUAACAGAAAAUUUGGCUGAAAUAGAAAACUUAGAGUUAUAUCAAGCAGCUGUGAAGCAGUUGGAAGCUGGAAUUCCUUACAGGACGCUGCGCACGGAGACGGUGGGGUGCGCGUCGGACGCGGAGUUCCUGUGCAAGCUGGCGUGCCUGCGCGCGGCGCUGCGGCACGCGCUGGCCGCGCCCGCGCCGCGCGCCUGGCUCGUGGACGCCGGCCGCCAGGUGCUCACCGACCUGCUGCUCUUCGCCGACAAGGAGCCGAAGGAGUUCCUCGUGGCAUACGAGGAGAUGGUGUCGUGGACGAGUGACCCCGCCAACUGGCACACGAUUGAGAAUGAACUCAAAAGUAAAGGUGUUAAGGUGCUGUCGUUCUACGACGUGGUGCUGGACUACAUCCUGCUGGACGCGUUCGAGGACCUGGCGGCGCCGCCCGCCUCCGUGCUGGCCGUCGUGCGCAACCGCUGGCUCUCCGACGGGUUCAAGGAGAGCGCAUUAACCACCGCAGUGUGGUCAGUGAUCAAAGCCAAGCGCCGCUACCUGCAGUACCCGGACGGGUUUAUGGCCCACUUCUACUCUAUAUCCGAGCACUUGCUGCCGGUCCUCGUGUGGGGGUUCCUCGGGCCCCGCGAACGGUUGAAGGACGUCUGCGAGACGUUCCAGGCGGAAAUUGUAGGGUUUAUACAAGAUUUGUUCAGCUUUCAGAAGUGCAGGUAUACCAAUGUUGAAGAGAUGUCUGUGGAUAUAAUGCAGCACGCGCGCUCCAGGGCUGCCAACAUCACGGAUAAACUGAGGUAC